AGCUGCGGUGUGCCAGCCCCCUCCUCACACUCUUGUUUAUGUGCUUUGUCAGCUGUGUCUUGCGCAAUCUCCGGACUUCGACUAAAAGCUUUAUCUUGAGCUUUCUUAUCACUCCGCUUCUUUCUCUUGACCGGCCCCUGUCGGACCUUGAACAGAUCCAACUCGUUCCCUAUAAUUGUUCUUGUUUUUUUUUCAUCCCCACCCUCUCUAACUGUAAAACAUGACAUUAAAUUCCAAUAAAAACGAACCCGCUGUCACUCUCGAGCGUGUCAACAGCGCGCGCACGGCUCUCUCCGAUCUCUAUCUGGAACAGCUGCUGAAGAAUAAACCAAAAUCAGACAAGGCCGCCAUGCAGACAUAUGACAGCAAAGGACAGGAAGUGUACACCAACGGCAGCGGCGGUCACAUGAAUGCCAAAGAUGAAACCAAGAUGCGAGAGGUGGCCUUUGAGAAACACCCCUCUGAGCCACUGGGUGUAACUCUUAAGCUAAAUGAAAAACAGAGGUGUUCAGUGGCGAGAAUAUUGCAUGGAGGGAUGAUACACAAACAAGGUUCCUUAAAUGAAGGAGAUGAAAUCGCUGAGAUCAAUGGCAAAAGUGUGUCAAAUCAAAGUGUAGACCAGCUGCAGAAGAUUUUGAAAGACACAAAUGGUGUUGUCACAUUGAAAAUCAUCCCCAACCAGCAAAAUCGCUCUAUGGCAUGUGAGAUGUAUAUGAGAGCACAGUUUGAUUAUGACCCUGUCAAAGAUGACCUCAUCCCAUGCAAAGAAGCCGGUCUGAAAUUUCAAACAAGUGACAUCAUUCAAAUUAUCAAUAAGAAGGAUCCAAACUGGUGGCAAGGAAAGGUGGACAGAUCCUCCACAGAGUUUGCAGGACUCAUUCCUUCUCCAGAACUUCAGGAAUGGCGAGUAGCAAGCAAAAGCAAAGCAAAACGGGAAGCUGGUCAGUCCUGCAGUCCUUUUGGCAAGAAGAAGAAAUGCAAGGACAAGUAUCUCGCCAAACACAGCUCAAUAUUUGACCAGCUCGAUGUAAUAUCCUAUGAAGAGGUUGUGAGACUUCCUGCUUUCAACAGAAAAACUUUGGUUCUCAUUGGUGCACCUGGAGUUGGAAGGAGCCAUAUUAAAAAUUCACUUCUGAGCAAAUAUCCAGAGAAGUUUGUCUACCCUGCUCCACACACCACCAGACCUCCAAAGAAGGAUGAGGAGAGCGGCAAGGAAUAUUACUUUGUUUCUAAUGAUGAAAUGACCAGAUGCAUUGUUGGGAAUGAGCUGCUUGAGUACGGCAGUUAUCAGGGCCACAUGUUUGGCACCAAGAUCGAAACUGUCCACAAGAUCCAUGAGCAGGGCAAAAUUGCCUUAUUGGAUGUUGAACCGCAGACUUUGAAAGUGCUCAGAACGGCAGAGUUUGCUCCUCUUGUGAUGUUCAUCGCUCCUACCAACAACGCAAAUCAGUCAGAGGCUGUACAGGCCAUCCAGAAAGAAUCAGACACAAUCCUCGCUGCAUACCGCCACUUCUUUGAUGAAAUCCUUGUGAACAACGAUGUCGAUGAAAGUGUUAAGGGUGUGGAGGAGGCAAUCGAGACAGCCUCUUCAACCCCACAAUGGGUACCGGUGUCUUGGGUGUACUAAAAACCCCAAUCCCUUUCCCUAAUCUCCCCUCCAAACCAAAACCAUGCAAGUGAACCACACUCAUAUGGUGGCCUGGCUAACACAGCUGUCAUCAAGACGUGAAAUGAAAAAAAAAUAAAUAAAUGUUUGCACAUAAAAAAGUGUUUUAUAGAGUGUUUGAAAAAGCAAUAAGUUUGUUCUCUUUGUUUAAUAUGUUGAUGGUAUUUUCAAAUGACAGAGUUGUAACCAUGCCAGUAUAUAGCAUUAUGCGAUGACGUUGUAGAUUGUUAGCGAUGCAAAAAGGACCUCUACUGUGAUGUGUCAUGGUGUUCCUCUUAAAUAGAACUAGAUAAGAAAAAAAAAAAAAAAAAAAAAACGGAAAUCACAUCAACCAGUACUUGGAAGAAAGUUUGUCAUGUCCUGAACUGUUUCUUGUAAUGAAAUAUGGAUUUACAUCAAGUCAAAAUAUAGGCACUUUUAAAAUGAAUUAAUAAACAUCUCCUGACACUCCAA